CGACUUUAUUAUGCAAAUUUUACCUGAAAAUGUCAAAAUUUAAACUUGAAUUUUACCAGAGUUUCACAGUUGGGGGUGGUUUACACCACCACCCCCGGUCGCUACGUCCCUGACUCCCCCUCACAGAGGACAUUUCUGCCAUCCAGACCCCCCCGCCCCCCCGGUCGCUAUGUCCCUGACUCCCCCCAUGGAUGAAAUUUCUGCCAUCCAGAGAGGAAGGGAAGAAAAAUUUGUUUCUGAUAAUACUAAAUGCAUUAGGACAUAUCCAAGGGGGGGGGGGUUAACUCCCAAUUUCCUCUUUUGGAAGGUCUGUUGUCGUACCCUACUUUAUUAUUUUACUCUGUCUAACGCGAGACAAUUUUACUCGUCAAGGGAGAAUGCUAGCAUUCAAUGGGUUAAUUGAAGUUUUAAAACAUUUAGUGUUGAAAUCGGCUCUGGUCAAAAACUUCAAAGAGGUACAUGUGGACGUUGUUGAUUGUCCAGAUCUAUUGCAGAAACCAUGGAGUCUAGCUGCACCAGGUAAAUAUUAUCCCCCAGAUUCAUGCACAUUCUUGCAAGCUUGCAUGUUUCCAAUAAUUGAAUUUGAAUUUUUAUAUAGGAACAUCUGAUUUAGCAUAGCUAGUUUAAACAAAGUCCUGUCUACUAUAUUACUACAAAUAUAUUAUUACAAUAUAUUCUAGGAGAAACUAUUCAGAGUGUCUGUAAAUUGUUCAUAUUGGAAAUAAAGAUUUAAAGUAAUGUUUUAAUCUGGUCUUAAAUGCCUGAAAUUUUCCGAACAUUUAGCAGUAACGCAUUGAAAGUAUGUGCACCAUUAUACCUAAAGCUACCCUGAUAAAUAUACUCUUUUAUACUAAUUUACUAUAUUGGAAAUCUACAAUAACCAAUAAUGGUAAAAAUUCAGUUUUUUCAAUUCAGUCAAAAACCAUUAAUAAUGGAAAGUUCACUUUUUCCUGUGAUAUAAGGGGCAUGCAAUUGUAAAAUUGAAAGAGUUAUAAGCUGUAACAAAUCAUUCUUAAAAACAAACGAUGAGACAAACAGAAUUUGUGAGGGUGUGCAACCUCUUUGACCCCACCCAUUUUUGUAGGGACAAUGGAAACUCUACGUUGCAAACUCCAACACCCCAUGGAAAAGAUAAGAAUCAAACAGUCGUCACCAAAUUUCCUAUGAUGCAAUAAAUGCAUUGUUCCUCAGCAUUUCAUAGUUUUUUGUUUCAAGGUAUUUGUGGUAGUACUCGUUUGGCUCUGGUUGGAGGUGUUCCAUAUUUGAUACCUGUCCCAAAUCUCUCAAAGGUAACCUCUUAAAGAUCUUGAGAACAUGGCCAAUCAUUCUAAUCGUAUUUCUAGACUAAUUUUUAUAUCGUUACCAGGUGUAUAAUUUUGAUAUAAUUGCAAAGCAAAUUGGAUUGCGAAAUGGAUUUUUUCUCGGACCUGGAGCAGGAAACAGUCGUGCGAUUGGAACCUGUUGUGAGGUAAUUUCGACUACCUAUGCAAUAUAACAAUUAAGAGACAACAUCCUCUGUUGUAUUGUUUCUGAAUAGGGUGUUAGCUAGCCCAUAUACUGUCCAUUUGACGGACAGUAUAUGGGCUAGAUUUUCGUUUUUUUUCUGAUGAGAAAGUGCAUUGCGUUUGAUUUUAUAUUAUUACAGUAGAACCCCGCUAACUCGAACUCCCAAGGGGAACGAAAAAUUGUUCGAGUUAGUGGGGGUUCGAGUUAACCGGAGUUGGUGUCAGAUUUCGUUUAUUAUGUUAAUAAUUAAUAAGGUUUUAUACCUUAUACUUGUUCAUCAAAAUUACAAAAAAUUUAAUUGUGCAUCCCUAUAACUAAAGUUCUUUAGUCAGUAUCUUUUUAACUUGGGUGAUGGAGAAGGCAUGCAAGUUCCAUGCAAACUAAAGUUCUUAGGAAAAAUAUGUAGAGAUUUUACAAAAGGAACUAAAAAACUAGAUCAAUAACAAUCGUCGCAACUAUGUGUAUAAUCUUUUAAAAUUUAUGAUCAUUUACACACCGAAUAAAUUGUCGCCAUUUGAAUAAAAAUCCAAGUUACCGGUUGUCAAAAUGCUAUGUUCUGACAUUUUAAAGGUGAUCUACAGUCCGUAUGUAAACAAAGCCUUUGUUUACAUUUUUGUGUCCAAAAUAUUGAGCUUUAUUCGACAACUAUUUAUAUUUUCAAGCUUCUAGAGUAUAAUAAAUGAUCAAGAAACAACAAUCAGGCUUUUCAAGAACUCAAAACAUAGUUAAACUGUUUGUAUCAUAAAAAGUGGGCUCAUUUGUGCACAUGCGCAGAUCGGACUGUAGAUCACCUUUAAAGUUUGCUGAUCCACUACUCGAAAACAAAGUUCGAGUUAACGGGAUAAAUUUGACCAAGGGAAAACAAAAUUUGUUCGAGUUAAGCGAGUUCGAGUUAGCGGGGGACUACUGUAUAUCAAAGAACGUUUUAUUUACUUUUUCCCAUGAACUAUUUUCUCAAAAUGUAUCGUGUUUCAUCCAUAUUGGGCGUGUAUUCACUGAAAUGAAAUGCACAAAACAAAGUGUAAUCGGUGUGCAUCUGUGUUCAUUGACCGGAAAUGAAAUAUACAAAACGAAGUGCCAUCGGGUGCAUUUUUCAGUGUUCAUUCACCGGAAAUGAAAUGUAAAAAACCAAGCUACCGUUGUUUGCAUCUGGAGAAACACGUUGGAAAAAAACACUAUUUAUUCCAGCACAAGGACUUUGAUCGGUCAAAAAAACUUUCCCAAAUUACGUUUAACGGACAAAACUUUUUUUCUGGCUAACACCCUGUUGUAUAUAGGAUCUAGAGAACCAAAAAAGUGGUACGGGUACCAAUUUUAUCCAUGCCGUACCAAAAAUUGAGCGUAGUGUAAACGGGGCUGUACGAUUACUUGUAAUUUCGUCACUUGUAACGAAGUUACAGCACUGAGUCAGCACUGGAUAUAUUUGGGUGAAUUCAAGUAUGUUAUUUUACUGCAGAUGAUGGCAAAUGUCAAACUGUCGCCUGACAUCAUCAGAUCGAAAAUGGCCAAAGUUAACCCCGAGGUAUUUCAAGACUAAAUUGAAUUUAUGCUUAUUGCAUAUGCCCUUGUCGCAAUAACCUACAUGACAUCUGCAUAGUUUCUGUAUUACAAGUGUUGUACUUUUAGGACGGGUCAGCUGAACUACAUGAUUACAAAGUGAAAGAGUUUAGUAUGAUGGCAGAUAUGUUGGUAUCGGAGGGAAAACAGGGAAAGGUAAACGGUUUAAACCUUGGAAUGACAUUCAAUUGAUUGUUAAUUUGCAAUACUAACUUUUGCAGGUUCAGACUUGGGAAAAAAUACAUCAAUUAUAAAAAUACAUGAAAACAAUGACUGGAUGGCACUAGAGAACAGUAGGAUUUUCAAAACAAUUAAAAAGGCAAUGGAACAUUUCGAUCACUGGAUCAUGAAUAAAAAGGCAGUGGAACAUUUCGAUCACCGGAUCAUUACUGGAUGGCAUGGAGAACAGUGGGAUUUUCAAAACAAUGAAAAAGGCAAUGGAACAUUUCGAUCACCGGAUCAUUACUGGAUGGCAUGGAGAACAGUAGGAUUUUCAAAACUAUGAAAAGACAAUGGAACAUUUCGAUCACUGGAUCAUUACUGGAUGGCAUGAAGAACAGUGAGAUUUUCAAAACAAUAAAAAGGCAAUGGAACAUUUCGAUCACCGGAUCAUUACUGGAUGGCAUGGAGAACAGUGAGAUUUUCAAAACAAUAAAAAGGCAAUGGAACAUUUCGAUCACCGGAUCAUUACUGGAUGGCAUGGAGAACAGUAGGAUUUUCAAAACUAUGAAAAGACAAUGGAACAUUUCGAUCAUCGGAUCAUUACUGGAUGGCAUGGAGAACAGUAGGAUUUUCAAAACUAUGAAAAGACAAUGGAACAUUUCGAUCACCGGAUCAUUACUGGAUGGCAUGGAGAACAGUAGGAUUUUCAAAACUAUGAAAAGACAAUGGAACAUUUCGAUCAUCGGAUCAUUACUGGAUGGCAUGGAGAACAGUAGGAUUUUCAAAACUAUGAAAAGACAAUGGAACAUUUCGAUCACCGGAUCAUUACUGGAUGGCAUGGAGAACAGUGGGAUUUUCAAAACAAUGAAAAGACAAUGGAACAUUUCGAUCACCGGAUCAUUACUGGAUGGCAUGGAGAACAGUAGGAUUUUCAAAACAAUGAAAAGACAAUGGAACAUUUCGAUCACCGGAUCAUUACUGAAUGGCAUGGAGAACAGUAGGAUUUUCAAAACAAUGAAAAGACAAUGGAACAUUUCGAUCACCGGAUUCAAUUCUAUCAUCGGAGAACAGUAGGAUUUUCAAAACAAUGUAUUUAUUUAUUCGUAUUUAGUAUGUGUCAUAGAUUGAUAGAUUUGGGCUAAUCGCAAAGAAUGAAUUUUUCGGAUGGGCAGGGUGAAACAUUUCUUCGUCACCAUAGUAGCUCUAAAAAAGUUCCAUAAAUCAUAAUAUUGCAAUUUUCAUAACCGCUCGUUGAUGCUAAUUUUUAUAGGUUGUAAAAGUGAUUGCAAAAUCUCGCAAAGGGAAAGACAACUUCGUGUCAUGUAUGCGCCAGUCAUUAGAUCAUUAUUAUGGCAACUUUAGAACGGUUGGAAUGGGUGGUGUAUUCUGUAUUGAGACUGGACAAGCAAAAUUACAUGUUAUGGUGAGUAAGGGUCAUGUAGGCAGUGACAUAUGUACUUGUACCCGAAUAAAAAAACCUCUGAAAGUAUUUGUCGUAUGACGAAGCUGUGACAAUAAUUUUACAACUGUGAAAGCAUUUUUUAGUUGACAGGCUAUUACUUAAUAUUUUUCAAUUUUUGUAUUCUUUCCUAACUUUAGCCAGCGUUCAGUAAAGAAGCGCUGGACAGUGACGAACACGUGAAGGAAUGGUUGAAUUUCUACACCAUGGAUUCCCCGUUGACGUGUCUUAGUGUGUUUGUUUCCAACGACUCGGUGAGUCCUAAGUCUCCAGAUGCAGAUAUUUUGAACAAAAUAUACCAUUAAAGGCAUGGAAUAAUGAUUUAUCUCAAUUAAUAAAGCAUUAAUAAUUCUCAUCUCAAAUUAGCCAACCAUAUCGCUUUAUUUUGCUCGCAUGAUAAAUAGAGAAUAAUACAUGGGUGCGCGGAAAUACCAGAUUUAUUUCGAGUGUUGAACAUGAUAUCUCACGAGUGAGCGCAGUGAACGAGUGAGAUAUCAUGUUCAACACGAGAAAUAAAUCUGGUAUUUCCAAGCACCCAUGUAUUUUUCUGUUUAUUAUAUAAACAAAAUUCAGUGAAAAACAAUAAAACGUCCGUGGCAAUGCGUUUUACAACAAAUGAUAUUUUCACACGUAAAAUUAUCGUAUUUUUUUACGUGUGUUUAAAUACGAUUUUUCUCAGUGGCCAAAAACUCUAUAUAACAUUUAUGUUUAUAUAAUAAAGCCUUUUAUUACAUCAAGCAAUAAUUCUACGAUGUUUUCGUAUAUUUCAGGGUUUAGACCUACGACUAGAGCACACACACUGCUUCAGUGAUCAUGGUCAGGGCGGCCACUAUCACGAGGAUACGACCCCGGAAGAAGUUUCCUACCUAGGGUACUUUGUUCCUGCAGAGUACGUUUACCGUAUAGACCGCCCACCUUCCACGCAUACGAUAGGACGGGACUGAAAACUGAGGGACGCAGAAACUAGAGUGUGAAAACAGAAUUGAACUAGGAAUGGCGACGGUGCGUUCUUGCUUGAAAUCGUGUUGUCGUUUUUGGUUUCAAGGCAGAACUGCUGAUAACGGCUGAACAUUAAAGGCACACAGUUCAGCCUUUUGAAUGAUGGUUUUUAAGGCGCAUUUCAGCCCUUUUAAUUGAAAAAAACUAACUGGGAAAAUCAAUUAAGCAUAAUUCAAGAUCAGCAAACUUAAUGUUUUUAACAUUUUAAAACAUUUUUAUUGUUAAAAACAUUGAGUUUGCUGAUUUUGAAUCAUGCUUAAUUGAUUUUCCUAGUUAGUUUUUUCAAUUAAAAGGGCUGAAAUGCGCCUUAAAAACCAUCGUUCAAAAGGCUGAACAUUAAAAGCACAGUUCAGCCUUUUGAAUGAUGGUUUAGGAAGGCGCAUUAUACAACCCUUUCAAUUGAAAAAAAACGAACUAGGAAAAUCAAUUAAGCAUAACUGAAGAUCAGUGAGCUCAAUGUUUUCAACAUUAUUGUCGAUUUCAGAUUACUUUUCAAAGCGCGGUUCCCAAGUUUGUUGACAACUUGCCAAUUACGUUUCCAAAUUCGGAAGUUCGGCGGGAACUUCGCAACGAAGUUCGCAAGUUCAUUUCAAAGUUCGAACUUCGAUUGUAAACAAAUGUAAAAAUUUCAUUUAUAAAUUUAUUUAAAAAGGCAUUUUUCGUCUUGGGAGACCACUGGACCAAUAUUUUACUGCAGUAAUAUGUGCAUAGGGCCUUAUACAGUAAUUUCAACUCCAACUAUGAACAUUUAUUUACAAUCGAAGUUCGAACUUUGAAAUGAACUUGCGAACUUCGUUGCGAAGUUCACGCCCAACUUCCGAACUUGACAACGUAAUUGGAAAGUUCGCAACGAACUUGGGAACAGCGUGUUGAAAAGUUACCUGAAAUCGACAAUAAAAAUGUUAAAAACAUUGAGUUCACUGAUCUUGAAUUAUGCUUCAUUGAUUUUCCUAGUUAGUUUUUUCAAUUAAAACGGGUUGUAAUGCGCCUUAAAAACCAUCAUUCAAAAGGCUGGACUGUGCCUUUAAACUAUGUACGCGUGCGUCUGUGUGGACUUGCCAGUGGGCAUGUCAAAUAUACGCAGUGAGCUCCAUAUAUAACUGUAGUGAGAACUCGAGUCUAAAAAGUGAAGACAAAAUGGCGGAAAUUGAAGAGGUAUUGGUCGUCAGUUCCAGUCCAUUGUUUUUGUCUGCGCAGUUAAUACGAAAGCUGGCAAGGAGUGUGCCGAGAUUUCGUAUUUUGUCAUCGAUUUAAAGAAUGAUACCAUGGUUUUAUGAAGUAAUAACUUGUUUAGCGAUGUGGUUCGUUAGAACACUAGCUGGGGAAAAUGGUAUACGACGUUCUUAGUUAUUGGAUAUUUCCGCCAUCUUGUCUUCACUUUUCUCAUAAGCCGAAUGACUGAAGUUCACGCUCCAGAUAUAUAGAGCUCACUGUAUAUACACCACUGAUCUGAAAAUUAGCCUGGACAGUGCACCCACUUUCAUAAAUGAAGCCAAUAGCGGCUAUAUUGGUGAAACCACCAAAAAUCUACUGUGGUGCUGCUGACAUAGCAAUUUUUGCUGCGAUUUUCUUCUGAUGGGUGUGAACGAGUGGAUAAGUUAUGAAUGUUCAGAUGACAUAUACUCCGAAGUCCGAACAUUCGUAACUCAUCUACUCGUUCACAUCCAUCAGAAGGAGAAAAUCGCACUAGAAAUCGCAGCAAACAUUGCAAGUGUAAACGAGCCUUUACAAUUUCUAGUUAUCGGUGAGAAAGGAUAAACAUUGUCUAGAUAGAAAUUUAUCAACAGUGGCCUCUCUUCCCCCUUAAAUUUCAUUAUCUAAACUCAUUAGAAGAGAUAGGGGAAGCUAUAUCUUUCAAGUUACAUUGGAAAAGACAAAUACUUGCUUGGUAAUGUAGCUAAUUUAAACAUGAUGUUUGUGAUGUUACUCUGAGUGUGCAUCCACACCGGUGUGUGGUAUUCACCUGAGUACACAACACCAACACACAAAAAAAAUGUAAUUCAAACAUGUUGCGAUCCGAUUUCCAGAGAUUUUGACAGAUUUUAAAAUCUCAUCUCAUAAAUAUCCUGGCUUCGAAAUUGGCUGAUUGAAUUCAAAAUGAUACUCUAUCCAGGCAGUUUUCAGAUCAGUGGUGUACACUUUGAAAAACACUUAUUGUAGGUGAUAGUCAUUGACAUUGUAAAGGGGUGACCGUGGCGGGAAUAAAAACACUGCGAAC